UCGAGCGAAAAUCAAGGUUCAAAAUAUAGAAAUCGUAGUUCGAAAACUGCAUCAAAACACCAUCAAACUCUCUGUGAAGAAUCUGAAGAAAAAACAAACCAACAAUACUCAACUUUCAGAGAAAAUGGCAGCAAGAAACCAAACUAAAGACCUUAAAUGUGCCACACAUCUCCUGAAUGAUAAGUUCAAAAACAUGACUGAGGAGAAGAAGGCGAUUGUGAGGGAUCUUGGAUUCGGUGGGUUGAUGCACAUCCCACCACUGAGGGUGGAUCACCAACUCUUAAGGGAGCUGGCAAACAACUUCAAACUUGGGGAGAACAGACUGAAGACAGGAUAUGGUUCUUUCCAAAUAACCCCAAAAAAAAUAGGUGAUGCACUUGGCAUCAAUGCAACAGGAGAUCUAUUUCCUGAGAAAGUUGACUAUAAGAAACUUUCUGAUGAUGACAAAAUAAUUUAUAGAAGAUUCCAGGGUAAGACCCUCAAAAGUCUUACCGAUGAAAUGAUGGAAAUCGGCGUUGGCAACGAAGAGGAACGCCUGAUGUUCAAGAGGAUAUUCAUCCUCUACAUACAGAUGACGUUCCUUUUGCCAACGACGAUAAACAAAAUAUCGCCCGUGCACCUGGUCCCAAUUUUUAAGAUGGACGGCAUAGAGGAGAGAAACUGGGGGGGGGGCAUGUUUUCGGAAAGAAACUGGGGGGGCAUGUUUUGA